GUUUACGAAUAUUCAAACUUCAAAGUGUUAUUGAAACAGAACUUCUCUUCUCUAGCCGCCAUAAUUUCUCUCUCUCUCUUUCAAGACCAAAUUAUCAAUUGAGAGAUGAUGGAAAAUUUCCCUAAUUUUCUCUCAACUUCAUCCUCGUCAUCCUCCCUCUCUUUCCAUCAAAUGUUGUUUUCUCGAGCUUCCGAGCUCGUCGGAAGCCAUGGCGGAGACCAUUAUAGACAGCCACCACCCGUCUCCGGUGGUUUUCCGCUGUCUCGUGACGUUUUGGGAGAUGACAUGUCGUUCGAUGCAUCGAGUAGUAUGAAGGAUGACGAUGUCAUCGUUUCGCUUAGUAAGAGCUUUCGUGUUGACGAGUCCGCUAGGAUUGGAGUGGAUGGGUUGGAGAAGAAGGAGGUUGCGACGGCGGGAGCGACAACGACGACGGGGACGGGACGGGGAGAUCAUGAUAAGAAAAAGAAGAUGAGAAGCCGGAGAUUUGCUUUUCAAACAAGAAGUCAAGUUGAUAUUCUUGAUGAUGGUUAUAGAUGGAGAAAAUAUGGACAGAAGGCUGUGAAGAACAACAAAUUCCCUAGAAGCUACUAUAGAUGUACACACCAAGGUUGCAAAGUGAAGAAGCAAGUUCAAAGGCUAACUAGAGAUGAAGGGGUGGUUGUGACAACUUAUGAAGGCAUUCAUUCUCAUCCCAUUGAAAAAUCCACCGACAACUUUGAGCAUAUUUUGAGUCAGAUGCAAAUUUACACUUCUUAUUGAUCAUAUACACUUUUUUUUUUUUUAAUCAUAACACAAAACUUUACCUAUGUAAAUUUUAUUGCAUUUUUUCCAUAAAAGAAAACAAAUAUUUAUUUCAAUAUGUUUGUGUUGAAAAUGACUUGGACUUUUGACCCAAUGCAUAAAAAGCUAUUGGAGAAAAAUUUUAUGUCAAUGUUUGUGUU